UUUGUGAGCUGAAAACUCAGCUCCAUCUCACCUUAUUAAUGGCUUUUAAAUCCAUUUUUACAUUCUUUUUACUGCUCAUCUACGCCACCGUCGCCGCCGCCGUGAUCCCUCCCUCCAUUUUCCUUCUCCCACAAUCCCGACCAACAAACACCAAGAGCCAACUCCAAGAGUAGGCUCACAAAUUCCACAUCUCCUCUCCUCCUCCGUUCAUCUCUCUCUCUAGCCUUCUCUCUCCUCUGUCUGGGAGUUCCCCACCAAAGAUUCCCUGUUCUUUCUUCCAACCGAAGCAGCUGCAGAUCCGCAGCUGAGGCAAGAUUUAGAUGGACAGAUGAUUUGGGAUUCUGUUUUUCCCUCUGCAGUUGUCAGUCUUGUUGGUCUGGAUUUCAGUGCACGAGCACCAUUUUUUUGAAUGAGGGAGUUUUCUGGAUCACGGCUUUGUCCGUUUGCGAGGGUGGAUUUUUCUUUAGCUCACUGCAGUUUCCACAGCCCGGAUCCGGGGGUUUUCUGCUGGGCGUGUUGAAUUUUGUUCGUCAAAUUUGGCGUUUCUCGCAAGUUUGUCUCCUCCAAGAAGUGGAUGAUUGCGAUAUUACAUUGAAAUGUCAAGGAUUGCUAAGUGGAAGCUUGAGAAGACAAAAGUAAAGGUGGUCUUCAGGCUUCAAUUCCAUGCCACGCAUAUUCCACAAUUUGGAUGGGACAAACUGUUUAUAUCUUUCAUUCCUGCCGAUUCUGGAAAGGCAACAGCAAAGACAACAAAAGCAAAUGUGAGAAAUGGAGCGUGCAAGUGGGCCGAUCCUAUCUAUGAAACAGCCAGACUUCUCCAAGACACUAGAACGAAGAAAUAUGAUGAUAAGCUCUAUAAACUUGUGGUGGCCAUGGGAUCAUCUCGUUCGAGCAUUCUUGGGGAAGCUAACAUCAAUCUUGCUGACUAUGCGGAUGCAUUGAAGCCUUCAGCUGUUGCACUGCCUCUUAAUGGAUGUGAAGCUGGAACUAUUUUACAUGUUACCGUACAGCUGCUUACUUCUAAAACUGGUUUCAGGGAGUUUGAGCAGCAAAGGGAGCUUAGGGAGAGGGGGCUCCAAACAUUCUCCGACCAAAAUAGUCAUGGUGAAUCUCCUAGUGGAAAAGUGUCACUAUCCGAUGAUAAGGUCAAUGCAAGAAUUAGGUCCAAAGAAGUACGUAAGGAACUCCCUUUACUUGACAAUGAGGUUGGGCGAAAAGAAGAGUACGCAGAUUCAGCAACCGGAUUUGAUGGCUCUUCCAAUACUUCAGAAAGUCUAUAUGCUGAGAAACAUGAUGUGCAUGAAGUUGACAGCAUAAAGAGUACAGUAUCUGGUGAUCUAGGUGGGCUUUCCAUUGGCCAAAGUCUUGAGUCAGAGAAAGGAGAUCAGGGUGAUCAUCAAUAUCCAGUGCAGGGGUCCAAUAAUUGGGCUCAUAACUGGGGCUCUGACUAUGCUGCUGAUAGUGACCUGAUUGCUGCAUAUAAAGAAAACAGUAGACUUGGAGAAAGCUUGGAAGUAGCCGAGUCCUCCAUUGUUGAGCUGAAGCUAGAGGUUAGCUCUUUGCAAAAUCAUGUUGAUGAGAUGGGUGUUGAAACACAGAAAAUUGCUUGGCAGGUUGCUACUGAGACUGCUUCGGGUAAAGAACUGACAGAAGAAGUUUCAGUACUGAAAUCUGAGUGUUUAAACCUAAAAGAGGAGCUUGAGAGAUUGAAAAAUUUGCAAUCAAGUCUUACAGAAUCUAGAAAAGUAAUUUUGGAGGCUGACCAGGCUAGCUUAUGUCAAAAGUUAGAGCCACAGUGGUUAAAGGGGCUCUUAACAAUGGAGGAAAAGAUUAGAGAUCUGCUAAAUAAGUCUCAAUUUGGAUGUCAAGACAGAGAUGUUCGGUUUCUCCUGGCCGACUUGGAGGGCUUGCUCUGUUUUCUGCAAGAUAUCAGAGAACAAAUGCAACAGGCAAUUUCAUGUGACAACGCAAACCAAAAUGAUAUCAGAAAAUUGAACUCCCCGACAAGUCAGAUAUUGGCAUCAGGAACUGGGUUUGAUUCAGAUAUUUACCACACUGAGAGCAUGCUUCAUUGUCUUAUACCGGGUCUGGUGUCCUAUGAACCCAAUUCUGUAGAUGCCAUCAGUUCAAUGAAAGGGAAAAUUUUUGAACUUCUAAGGGAGCUGGACGAGUCAAAAGCCAAACAGGAGGGCCUUGCACAGAAAAUGGACCAGAUGGAAUGCUACUACGAAGCUUUUAUUCAGGAACUUGAGGAAAAUCAGAGACAUGUGAUCGGAGAGCUUCAGAAUCUCAGAAAUGAGCAUGCAACAUGUAUAUAUACUGUCACGGCCUCUAAGGAUGAGAUAGAAGCACUGCAUCACGAAAUGAAUAACCAUUUAAUGAAGUUUGCCGAAGACAAGAAGCAUUUGGAUUCUAUCAAUAAGGAGCUUGAGAGGCGGGCUUCUAGUGCCGAGACAGCUCUCAAAAGGGCACGCUUAAAUUACUCAAUUGCUGUGAAUCAGUUACAGAAGGACCUUGACCUAUUAUCUGGCCAGGUUACGUCCAUGUUUGAGACUAAUGAGAACCUCAUUAAGCAUGCACUUGCUGGUUCUUCACUACCAAGUAGUCAGGAAUACUGUGAAAUAGGUUGGAAUCCAAAAGUUGAAUUGGAGGAAUUUCCUGCUGGCAAACUCUUGCAGUGUCAGAAUCAUGAUGCAGGUGUAAAGAAAUAUCACUUAAGUGGAGGUAUUUUCUCUGAGGACUUGAAAAGGUCUCUCUACUUGCAGGAAGGUCUGUAUCAAAAGGUUGAAGAUGAAGUCUUUGAACUGCAUUUAUCAAACAUAUACCUGGAUGUGUUUUCAAAAACGCUACACGAAACUUUGCUUGAAGCAAGUACUGGUUUCAAACUUAUGAAAGAGAGAAUGAAUGAGAUUAGUCAGCAGCUGGAGCUAUCGACCAAGUCCAAGGAAUCAUUGUUACUUGAACUGCAAGCUUCUUUGGAAGAGAUCCAAUCUCUAAAUGAAUAUAAGACUGCAAUUGUUGCAAAGUAUAAUGAAAUGGCAUUAAAAACUGAAAUUUUAGAAGAAAAUUUAUUAAAUGUUACUCGUGAGAAUUCCUUGCUUACCAAGAGAAUAACAGAAUGUGAGGCCUUGGUGACAGAAUAUAGAAGUUUUGAGAUGAAGUAUCAAACCUGUCAUAUGGAGAAGUUAGAGCUGGAAAAUUCAAUGAUGGAGGAAAACAUUGAAAACAAAAAUAUCCGUAAUGAGAUUUCAUCUUUGCACGAGGAGUUGAAAGCACUUAGAGUUGAAUUUGACAACCUAUUUUCAGAGAAGGAGGAGCUGCAUAAUACUGUUGAUUUUGUGCAAGAUAAGUUGAGUAAAUUGUUGGCUUCCUGUAGAAAAAACUCUAACAAUUUCUCUCUCUUUGGUGAAUCUGUCUAUAAUGACUCGGAGUCGGACAGCUUAGCAGGCUUGGUUUUGCAAUUUGAAAAUCUGCAUCUUAAUGCAUGCAAGAAACUUCUCCAGCUCAUGGAUGAGAAUAAACAUCUGAUGGAAGAAAGAGAUAUGGCUCAAAAGUCCUUAACCAGAGUAGCAUCAGAUAAUCUGAUUAUGAAAGAGAAUUUUGGAAGUGCAAGACAAGACAUGGUCAAUAGACUGGACAAGGCUAAUGGACUGGUACAAAAGUUUCAGAUAGCAAUUGAGACCGUUUCUGAAAGUAUCAAUAGCAGUGAAGCUGGAGAUAAAUUUACCCAGCAGCAUAAAGAACUUCUGUCUGUUCUUGAUCAUGUGGAGGAUGAACUGCAACAACUGACUUCUAAAAACAAUGGCCUUGAAAAUGAAAUGAUGGCACUGAGGUUGGUAAAUGAAGAACUUGAAACUUGUAAGUUUACCAUCGAGGUGCUAACAAAGGAGAAACAAGAUCUACUUGAGUCUUUACAUGAAAAAGUAGAGGAAUCAAUGGAGCUUAAGUCGGAGCUGGGUCGUUUAGAAGAAAAAUCUCAAUCAUUGUCUAAUGAGCUAGAUAUCGAGCAAAGUUUCAGAGAUGUCUUAGAGAACAGAAUUAAAGAUCUUGAUGCCCAAAUAAAGGAGAAGAGUUGUAAGUUGCUAGAUUUUGAGAAAAUGAAGGCAGAAGCUGGAAGUCUCAAGCAAUUGGUGUUGGAUCUCGAGUCGGAGAAAUCAAGAGUCCACAAACGUUUAAUACAGUCUGAGGAACUUCUUAUGCAUUUUGAUCAGAAGAGUUCUUCCUUGGUUUGUUUGGAAAGUCAAUUAAGUGAAAUGCAUGAAUUUUCAAUUGCUGCAGAUAUUAGCCUAGUUUUCACAAGAUCUCAGUAUCAGGACCAGCUUGAAAAUUUUGUUCACCAAUUUCUGUUAUCAGAAAGGGACUUUAUUUCUCUUCAGGAAAAGUAUCUUAAUGUAGAGACUGCUCUUAAUCAUUGUCAGGCUAGUGAAGCAUGUCAAGUUGAAGAGAAUGCUAGAUUGUUGAUGAGUCUCAACUCUCUAAAAGCUGAGAUAGAAGCCUUCGCUUCAGAAAACAAAAUGCUUCUUGAUGCAAACGAAAAAAUAAUGACUCGGUCUGAGGAGUUACAAAGUCAGACUAAAAUUUUGGAGGCUGCAGCUGAUGCCGAUAGAAGUCAACAUGCUCGAGAGGUUGAAAAACUGGGGAAAGAGUUGAUGACUUGUGAGACAGAAAUUGAUGAUUUGUUGCUUUGCAAGGAAGAACUGGAAGUAAGCUUGUUGGUUGUCAGAUCAAAAUUGGAUGAACAGCAUGCUCAUGUGAUCUUGCUCCAAGGUAUGAGCGAUGAGAUUGUGAUCUUGCAAAAUAGGUGUAAUGAGCUAAACCAGAGGCUUUCUGAACAAAUCUUGAAAACAGAAGAAUUCAAAAACCUGUCUACUCACUUGAAGGAUCUAAAAGACAGGGCCGAUGCGGAGUGCCUCCAACUUCGUGAAAAAAAGGAGAAUGAAGGGCCAUCCAACGCCAUGCAAGAGUCUCUCAGAAUUGCAUUUAUUAAAGAACAAUAUGAAACAAAGUUGCAGGAGUUGAAGCACCAGCUCUCUGUGUCCAAGAAACACAGUGAAGAAAUGCUAUGGAAAUUGCAAGAUGCAAUCAAUGAAGUUGAAACUAGAAAAAAAUCUGAAGUGUCUCACAUAAAAAGAAACGAAGAGCUGGGAAAGAAGAUCUUGGAGUUGGAAGGUAACUUAAAUGCAGCUCUCUCUGAAAAGCGGGAACUAACGAAAGCAUAUGAUUUGGUGAAGGCUGAAAAAGAAUGCUCUUCUAUCAGCCUUGAAUGCUGCAAGGAAGAAAAACACGACCUUGAAGCUUCUUUGAAGAAAUGCAACGACGAUAGAUUUAAAAUUACAAUGGAACUGAAUUUAAUGAAGGAUUUACUGGAGAGUUACAAAUUUCAGACGAGCAUGCACAAGGAAGGCAGUGAUGGAAAAUACUCAGAAGAUCACAUGUCCAAGUCCUCAGACCAAGAUAAUGCAGCUCCUUGUGAAGAAGUUGAAUGCACAAGAUCAGUUUCAGCUGAUGAGACCCAUAAUUCACAUGCUUUUCUCAAUGGUCAAGGGCAACCGGAGCAGGAUGUUCUCAUGUCAAGAAGUGUUAAUGGACUUCAAAAUAUCUCUCCUGGAGAUCAAGAGGUUGUGCUGCAUGAUGAGACAAAGCAUUUAGCUCUAGUAAAUGAUAAUUUCAGAGCUCAAAGCUUGAAAUUUAGCAUGGACCAUCUAAAUGAAGAGUUGGAAAGACUGAAAAAUGAAAACUCGCUAAACGAGGAUCAUCCUUCUGACUCAGAUUUGCCUGGUUUAGAACAUCACCUGAUGCGGUUACAUAAGGCGAAUGAAGUACUAGGAAGCAUAUUCCCCCUGUUCAAAGAAUUUUCGGGCAGUGGCAAUGCAUUAGAAAGAGUACUAGCUUUGGAAAUCGAGCUUGCAGAAGCAUUGCAGGGAAAAAAGAAAUCAAAUUUUCAGAGUUCUUUCUUGAAGCAACACAGCGACGAAGAAGCGAUAUACCGAAGCUUCCGAGACAUCAAUGAGCUUAUCGAAGAUAUGUUAGAUCUGAAGGGAAGGUAUACGACUGUAGAGACUGAACUAAGAGAGAUGCAUGACCGUUACUCCCAAUUAAGCCUUCAGUUUGCAGAGGUUGAAGGAGAGAGACAGAAACUCAUGAUGACCGUCAAGAAUGUCCGAGCAUCCCGGAAGCUUCUAAGCACCAAUAACCGACCCUCAUGGUCACCCCGCGGGGAGCAUUCUCCUCCAUAAGCUACUUGGCUUCUAAGUGUGGUCUCUCUGGUCUCUUUCACAAGUUGUUGAAAUCACAUUCAGUUGGAAUAUGACACCAAAGGCUCCAUCUUUGGCUUCCUGCAUCAUCUCUUCAAGAAGCAUAUCGAGAGAUGAUACCGUCACCGGGAACCGAGACGUUAUGAUUUUGGAGUCAGCUGCACAAGUUGAAACACAACAGUUUUGUGUAAAUAAGAAGAAAGCUUCUGCACCUAUUCAUUCACCAGAUGGUAGAGUAUUAUCAAGUAUAGGAUCUUCUCUUCUAUUUCAAUGUAAUUUUUUCUGUACAGUAAACGAAAUACCUUCAUGGCUAGAUAGAUGACUAAACUCUCCGAAUAUAAUUAAGAGGAAGCAAAUGAAACCAUAUCAUUCAAUCUUUGACC